AUGCCGCGACAGGGGCGUAGGCGGAAGAAGACCCGGACGGGGAAGGAAGCAGAUGUGGGCGAGCGAGAGAAGAAGUUGACGCCGCGCUGCUUCGUGAUCAAGCGCGGCGAUGUGGGCGACCGCAUCAAGGACUUGGUUCAAGAUUUUCGAAUGGUGAUGAUGCCGAACUCCGCGAAGGCGCUGAAGGAGUCGAAGAUCAAUCGGAUCGAAGACUUCAUUGCUGUCGCGAGUCAUUUCAACGUGUCUCACCUCAUCAUUUUCACGGCGACCAAAGCUGCCACCUACAUGAAACUGGCAAGGUUGCCGCAGGGCCCGACACUGACCUUCCGAGUGGACA